UCCCCCUCCUCCCAUCCUAUCCCGCAAUUGCUCCAAUUAUUGUGUUUUGUUAAAUAGGGAGAAGUCAGAAGAAACAUAAUAUAUAGGCAACAAAAAUUUAGAGAGAGAGAGAGAGAGAGAGAGAGAGAGGCGUACUUAGAGCGAAGAAGAAGAAGGAUAGUUGUUGGAAAGAGAGAGGGGUGGAAAGAUGAGCUUCAGGGAGGAGAGCGGGAGCGAGGACGGGGGUCGGUCGGAGCUGAAGAAGCCGUUCCUGCACACGGGCAGCUGGUAUCGGAUGGGGAUGGGGUCGCGGCAGUCGAGCCUGAUGGAGAAGAUGGGCUCCUCCGCCUCCGUCAUCCGCGACUCCUCCAUCUCCGCCUUCCUCUGCACCCUCAUCGUCGCCCUCGGCCCCAUCCAGUUCGGCUUCACCGCCGGCUUCUCCUCCCCCACCCAGGAAUCCAUCAUCUCCGACCUCUCCCUCUCCCUCUCCGAGUUCUCGCUCUUCGGAUCGCUCUCGAACGUCGGCGCCAUGGUCGGGGCCAUCGCGAGCGGGCAGAUCGCCGAGUACAUCGGGCGGAAAGGAUCGUUGAUGAUUGCGUCGAUUCCCAACAUCAUCGGUUGGCUCGCAAUCUCCUUCGCGAAAGACUAUUCGUUUUUGUAUAUGGGUCGGUUGCUAGAAGGGUUUGGAGUUGGCGUUAUAUCAUAUACGGUACCUGUGUAUAUAGCGGAGAUAGCUCCUCAGAACAUGAGAGGAGCGCUCGGUUCAGUGAAUCAGCUAUCGGUCACGAUUGGUAUCAUGUUUGCUUACCUGUUGGGCAUGUUUGUUCCGUGGAGAUUGCUCGCGGUGAUAGGAAUAUUACCCUGUACAGUUUUGAUUCCCGGUCUGUUUUUCAUCCCAGAGUCUCCCAGGUGGCUGGCUAAGAUGGGAAUGAUGGAAGAUUUUGAGUCUUCCUUACAAGUUUUGAGAGGAUUUGAUACCGAUAUUACUGCAGAAGCGAACGAAAUAAAGAGAGCAGUAGCAUCGUCAAGGAGAAGGACUACGAUCAGAUUUGCAGACCUCAAACAAAAAAGAUAUAGUGUUCCUCUCAUGAUAGGAAUCGGCCUGCUUGUUCUGCAGCAGCUAAGUGGAAUCAAUGGCAUCCUUUUUUAUGCCGGCAGCAUUUUUAAAGCUGCAGGACUUACAAACAGUGAUUUAGCGACUUGUGGUCUUGGUGCUAUUCAGGUUGUUGCAACUGGAAUUACAACUUGGUUGCUCGAUAAAGCUGGUCGACGAAUUCUUCUCAUGGUCUCUACUGCUGGAAUGACCUUAAGUCUUCUCGUUGUUGCUGUUGUAUUUUUCUUGAAGGGCACACAGUCUGAAGAUUCUGACUUAUACUUUAUACUAAGCAUACUGUCACUGGUUGCACUUGUGGCUUAUGUGAUUUCAUUUUCUCUUGGGUUGGGAGCCAUUCCAUGGAUCAUAAUGUCUGAGAUACUUCCUGUCAAUAUUAAGAGUCUUGCUGGUAGUGUAGCAACCCUUGCCAACUGGCUGACUUCAUGGCUUAUUACAAUGACUGCAACCUUGAUGUUGAACUGGAGCACUGGAGGAACAUUCACCGCCUAUAUGAUCGUGAGUGUGUUCACUCUAGUGUUUGUGAUCCUAUGGGUGCCGGAGACGAAGGGAAGAACGCUUGAGGAAAUUCAAUGGUCUUUCAGAUGAGUCCCCGAAGACUCAAUCUACAGUUCUACCUUGCAAUUCCUUGAAAUGAAUUCAUAUCAUACUCGAUCUGCAAGCAAGAUCAAAUCUCUCCAAAUUUCAACCCUACAAACCCUAGUUCGCAAGGCCGAAUCAAAUCAUCCUUGAAUUCACUCUGCCUCAAUUUGUUGUUGUUGUUAUUAUUGUUGUUGUUGUAUUUAUACAACCGUGUUGUUGUAUGAGCACCAGCCAAGGAAAGUUGAUUCAUCAGUGAAGGAUUAAGUGUAACUUAUAUUUUUUUCACUUUAAAUGCCGAUACAUCGAGAUAAAUAAAAUGUAUCGGGAAAACACAAUUGAUUUGAAUAGUAAUAACAAAUAUCGUGAGAUUCAAUCA